CAAUUAUUGUUACAGCAGAGUGGAAUCACUCAUAGUAAAUAGUGUCCAUAGUUAAAAUGCCCAUAGUUAAGAAACCCGAUGGAGCACAAACAAAAAAAAAAUUAGACCAUCGAAUUAUAUUUCACCCACGUCCAAAGCUUAAGCACCAAGUCCACCAUUGGCCAAACUUGAAAGAGUCCAAACGGUCAUAAAUUAAGACAAGUUACUGGGGGGUAUAAUAGUUUUGUUAUUUGUGGAGUCAAGAACUAGUAGGGUGAAUAAAUUUUCAACCAGUUAGUGAUUGAUCUCAUAGUUAAUUGAAGAAAUAAUAAUUAACAAGACGAAUUAAACUAUGUCUUGGACACCUGACGCACAAGCGUUGGAACAAUUACGACAAAUCUUUAGAGCGACAUUAUCAUCUAAUAAUCAAGAACGGAAUUUAGCCAAUGAUGCUUUACGUCAAGCCAAAGAACAACCAGAAAUUGAGAAUUAUUUAUUAACUUUACUUGUGGUUGAUGAAUCAACAAAAUCUGAUGUUAGAGCUGCUGCUGGAGUAAAUCUUAAAAAUAGUAUACUACGUCAACAUCGUGGAACUCCUUUACCAGAUCGACAAUUUAUUAAAGAAAAUGUAAUUAAAGGUUUACUUUCUUCUGAUAAAAUGGUAAGAAAUAUUACUGGGAAUGUUAUAACUUCAUUAUUUUCAAUAUAUGGAUUACCAGGUUGGCCUCAAGCUUUACCACAAUUAAUUGAAUUAGCUAAGGGAGAAUCUUCUCAAAAUUUUAUAACUGAAGUAGCAGCUAUGAGUGCAUUAAGUAAAAUUUGUGAAGAUAGUUAUUUAUCACUUGAUGUAGAAUAUAAUGGUGAAAGACCUCUUAAUUAUAUGAUUCAAAAUUUCUUGGAAUUAACAAGACAUCCACAUAAUGGACAAAUUAGAGCUUCUGCUAUUCAUUGUAUAACUCAAUUUAUUCCAUUAAAAUCUCAAUCUUUCUUAGUUCAUUUAGAUGUUUUCUUAAUUAAUUUAUUUGAAUUAGCUAAUGAUUCAAAUAGUGAAGUAAGAAAAAAUAUCUGUACUGCAUUUGCUCAAAUCUUGGAAUAUAGACCUGAUAAAUUAAUGCCUCAUUUAGAUGGAAUUAUUAAUUAUUGUUUACAUUUAAUUCAAGAUAAAGAUGAAGAAGUAGCUUUAGAAGCUUGUGAAUUUAUAUUAGUAUUAUCAACAUCUCCAGAUAUUGAAAAUGAUAAAAAAGGUUUUGCUCCAAGAUUAAAAUUAAUUAUCCCUAUUGUAUUAGAAAAAAUGGCUUAUUCAGAAGAAGAAAUCUUUUUUAUUAGACUUCAAGAUGAAAAGGAUAAUGCUGAAAUUGAAGAUAGAGAUGAAGAUAUAAAACCUCAAAAUGCUAAAUCAAAAGAUAUUCAAUCAUCAAAUGGAUCUAAGAAGAAACAAAUUGAAUAUGAUUCUGACGAUGAAGAUGAAGAUGAUGAUGAUGAACUUAGUCAAUGGAGUUUAAGAAAAUGUUCAGCUUCAACUCUUGAAGUUUUAUCAAGUAAUUUCCCGGCAGAAGUAUUAGAAAUUGCCUUACCAGUAUUACAAGAAAAAAUUGUAUCAAAUGAAUGGCAAAUUAGAGAAGCAGCAAUUCUUGCCUUUGGAGCUAUAAGUCAAAGUUGUAUAGAAUUAUCUAGAGAUAAAUUACCAACUUUAGUUCCAUUCUUAGUAGAUAGACUUCAAGAUGAUGAACCAAGAGUUAGACAAAUUACAUGUUGGACAUUAUCUACUUUUGCAUCUUGGAUUGCUGAAGAAGCUCAUGCUGGAGGUGAAUAUGCUAAUUAUUAUCAACCAACUUUCCAAUCAAUAGUUACAUGUUCAUUAGAUAGAAAGAAAGUUGUUCAAGAAGCUGCUUGUUCUGCUUUAUCAUCAUUUAUUGAAGAAUCAGAUAUUUCUCUUAUUCAAUUUUAUAUUGGACCAUUAUUGGAACAUUUCGCUAAAUGUUUUGGAACUUAUCAACGUAAAAAUUUAAUAAUUUUAUAUGAUUGUGUUCAAACAUUAGUUGAAAAAGCUGGUUAUGAAAAUUUAUCAUCUGAUCCUGAAUUAAUUAAUAAAUUAUUACCACCUUUAUUAGCAAAGUGGCAUAGUUUACAAGAUAAUGAUAAUGAUUUAUGGCCACUUUUAGAAUGUAUGGCUUCAGUGGCAGCCACAUUAAAAGAAUUAUUUGCUCCUUAUGCUGUACCAGUAUAUGAAAGAGCAAUUAAUAUUCUUUCAAAUUGUAUUCAAAUAGAAAUCCAAACUCAAACUGAUCCAACCAUUGAAGUGCCUGAAAAGGAUUUUGUUGUAACAUCAUUAGAUUUAAUUGAUGGUUUAAUUCAAGGAUUUGGUAGUCAUUCAGUUGACUUAAUUCAACAAAGUAGAAGUAAUUUAAUGGAAUUAGUAUUACUUUGUUUUGAAGAUCAAUACCCUGAUGUUAGACAAUCUGCCUAUGCAUUAUUAGGUGAUAUAGGGAUUUUUGCUAUUGAUAUUGCUAGACCUCAUUUAUCAUCAAUAUUUAUAAGUAUUGGAAAUGAAAUUAAUAAUAGAUCAUAUGCUACUAUAGCAGUUUAUCAUAAUGCUAUUUGGGCAUUAGGUGAACUUGUAUUAAGAUUAGAGUAUAUUGAAAUGAAGAAUUAUUUAAGUAAUUUAGUUGAUUUAAUAAUACCAAUUUUAAAUGCUCCUGAUACUCAACAAGCAGUAUUAGAAACAGCAGCUGUUUGUCUUGGAAGAAUGGGAAUUAAUGGAGGAGCAGAAAUUAUUGCUCCUAAAUUAAUUGAUUUCAUUGUUCAAUGGUGUUCUCAUAUGAUAUACUUUUCUGAAAAUGAAGAGAAAUCAACUAGUUUCCAAGGAAUGUUAACCAUUAUUAAUGCUAAUCCUGAUCAAGGAUUUGGAGGUUUAACCAAUAAGAAAGGGCAAAAGAAUUUAGCAUUAUUUAUAACUUGUAUAGGAAAUUAUAUGGAACCUCCAGAAGAUUUACAAAAUACUUUCCAUCAAUUUUUAACAAGUUAUAGAUCAUUAGUUGGAGAACAAAUAUGGCAAACAGAAAUAAUGGUAUCAAUUGAUGAAGAAACUAGACAAACGUUAUCUCAUGUAUACGGAGUAUAGAUCGAUCCCAUUAAUUAUUUAUUAUACAUAUUCAUAUUCAUAUUCG